AUGGACGCGAUGGGUACAACUGGGUUGACCCCUGCAGUAUCAUCGUCCAGUGUAUUUCCCAGGGAUUGGGGUGCACUUACUAAUGGCAGUGUAUCCAUGGCGCAGCUAUGGGCGAUUCUGCGUGAAUUGCGGAACUCGGUUGGACAAAAAGUUGUGGAUAACGCUAUUGCAAAGGUGAUGAAGCUAUCGGUGGAGAAAGUGGGACAGGUUGCACCAACGGACGGUCGGAGAAAGACGAAGAAGGAGAAGCAGCUGCUGAGACAGCAAAAGAAGGCUGCAAGUGGUGAUGGUGGUGGUGGUGAAAUGAGACAGGGUCAAUUGAUGCCGACAAAAAAGAAGAAGCUGCGCGAGUUUAACAUGGCUAAUUACACGACGCGUGCUGUAGCAAUCAAGUUUCUGUACGUGGGGGAAAAGUACGCUGGCUUUGCCCGCCAAGAUCACAUGCCGGAGACAGUUGAGCGCUAUCUUUUAGACGCACUUGUUCGCUCCAAGCUCAUUCAGAAUGUGGACGACGCUGGCUAUUCGCGGUGUGGACGAACGGAUCGCGGUGUUAGCGCUUUCGGACAAGUUGUGGCCUUACGCGUGCGAUCGAAUCUACCAGCGACUGCUACAUUACUUGGAGCAACCUCAAUUGAUAACGUGCGUCCAGGUGAGAAGUUUCAGGCACGUUUGGCAACGGGCGAAGUCAGGACGCUCACCGAGGUGGACUACGCGUCGCAGAUUAAUCGUGGACUACCAGCCGAUGUUCGCGUCUACUCCGUGGCAUGUUGUCGUCAACAGUUUAGUGCUCGAUUCGACUGCAAGGGACGGAUGUAUCGCUACUUUUUCGUGCGACGUGACCUGGACAUUGAGAAGAUGCGCAGAGCUGCACAGUUCCUUGUGGGAAAGCAUGACUUUCGCAACUUUUGCCGCAUUGAUCACAACUGCCACGUGUACGAGCGCAGUGUCGGCUCGUUUGAGAUCGUGGAAUGGCCCGGACAGUGUGCUGACGAUUCGAGUCAGCAGAUGUACUGCUGUAAGGUCUUCGGCCGUGCGUUUUUGUGGCACCAGGUGCGCUGCAUGGUUGAGGUGCUGUUCCUGAUUGGAUCAGGACAAGAAGAGCCGUGUAUCAUUCCAGAGCUAUUGGAUAUUGAGCGAACCCCACGAAAACCGCAGUACGACAUGGCCUCGGACUUGCCUCUUGUGCUGCACGACUGCUUCUUCGGUGACCCCGAUGACGCUGAUGAACCUGGUCCACGUUUUGAGUACACUCCACUCGCGUUGCUUCAGGUCCAUACUCAGCUCAUGGAGAUGUGGGAGCAGCGGUCCGUGCAAGCAGCGAUGCUGCGUAGCCAUCUCGAUGCACUCGAAGCAUUUCAGGUCGACGCAGCUCUUGUGGUGAAGGACCUGGAUCACUACGCACCCAAGUUGGAGCAACUCAUGCGGGAACGCAAACUCUUGACGGACAAAGACAGCAAAGUGCAGUGGAAAGACGUGAGUCCUCUGCUCUCUUUGGCCAAGAAACGGAAGAUAUUGCCACUAACGAAGCGCGGAACGGGUCAUUCCGUCGACGAGUGCAAACGAAAAGCUCAGGAACGGAAGCGGCGACGCCAAGAAGAAGAGGAAUCAGCAAAGCAAGUGACGGAAGUAGGUCAAGCGGAAGUUGAAGACGGCGCAAGUGGACACGAUGUUCUUGCUAGAACGUUGUAA